GCAGACAUCCUCACAACAGGAUAUUGGAAGGACAGGGUUUGCAUUCAGGCAGUUCAAACCACAUGUGCCAUCAGGAUCUUACAGAAUCACCUGAAUAUCAUUGGAUUUUGAAAAUGGAAGGAAACAACACGAUUUUCAGUGGGGAGAAACUAUACAUGUGUUCUGUGUGUGGAAAAAGCUUUGCUGAUUCACCUUACCUGCUGGCACACCAGCAAGUUCACACUAGAGAGAAACCGUUCAACUGCUCCCUGUGUGGGAAGAGAUUCAAUCAGUCAUCUGACCUGCUGAAACACCAGCGUGUUCACACUGGGGAGAAACCAUUCAACUGCUCUGUGUGCGCGAAAGAAUUUGCUUGGUCAUCCAGCCUGCUAAGACAUCAACGCAGUCACACUAGGGAGAAUCUAUUCAUCUGCUCUGAGCAUGGCAAAACAUUCACUCAUUCAUCCAACCUUGUGGAACACCAGCGAAUUCACGCUGGGACAAAACCAUUCACCUGCUCAGAUUGUGGGAAAGGAUUCACUAAGUCAUCCAACCUGCUGAGACACAGGCAAGUUCAUACAGGGGAGAGACCAUUCAGUUGCUCUGUGUGUGGGAAGGGAUUCACUCAGUCCUCCCACCUGCAGGUACACCAUCGGGUUCACACUGGGGAAAGACCGUUCACCUGCUCUGUGUGUGGGAAGAGAUUCACUCAGUCAACACAUCUGCUGCAACAUCAGCGAGUUCACACUGGUGAGAGACCAUUCGCUUGCUCUGUGUGUGGGAAGCAAUUCAUUCGGUCGACCAAACUAUUAACACACCAACGUGUUCACACUGGGUAGAAACUAUUCACUUACUCUGUGUGUGGGAAAAGAUUCACUCAGUCAUCCAUCCUGUUAACACCAACAAAUUCAAAAAGAACCAUAGUUUUGAAAGAUUUUGGAAUGUCUUGCACCAAUGAACUGAGGUCAUUGGGAUGUUUGUGCUGAUGUUAUUAGACAUGCUCUAUUAAAGGUGCUAAUAUUGUGGCUAAAA